AUGAGAGGCAGCGUCUCUCUUCUGCUUAGGCACUAUGCCCUAUGUUGGUUGUUCAUAACUAUACUUCUCCCUGCCCUCUCCUAUUCAAAGGCAGUCCUUGACCGCCGUGAAUUACGCCCUCUGUCCUCGGAUGACUUGAAGACACUAGUCAGUGUUACAGACCCUCUAAAGAACCUGGAUCCUGCAAACCCUGCGUCACAUCUGUCAAAAAUUCUGAUACCUAGAGCUCCCGACACCGAAAACAACACCUUCGUCCGCAAUUACAUCGUUUCGACUCUCAAAGCGCUAAAAUGGCAUGUCGAAUUGGACGAAUUCACGGAUAACACUCCUAUAGGUCGCAAACGCUUCGCAAACAUCAUCGCUACCAAAGAUCCAAAUGCCUCCCGGCGCGUUGUUCUUUCUGCACAUUUCGACAGUAAAUAUUAUCCUCAGUACCCCGAAAACCAAUUUGUGGGUGCGACUGACUCCGCUGCACCGUGCGCUAUGAUCCUCGACUUGGCCGAAACUCUGGAUCCUCUAUUGGACAAGAGGAAGGAGAGGUUAGAGGAGGGAUCUGAAGAUGAUGAUGAUGUAGCGGAAACCACUCUUCAGCUCAUAUUUUUUGACGGUGAAGAAGCAUUCAAAGAUUGGACGGACACAGAUUCCAUUUAUGGCGCAAGACAUCUCGCUGAGAAAAUGUCUACAACUUACGUUUCUCCUCACCAACGGAGAAGGCUCAUGAAUGUGCAGACUACUGAACUGGAUGAAAUUGAACACCUUAUUUUGCUGGACUUGCUUGGAGCACCCAAUCCAUAUAUUCGCUCAUUUUUUGUUGAUACUGCUUGGCUCUUCGAUUCCAUGGUAUCUGCAGAACGAAGGUUAGGUGAAAGUGGGGCCUUCGUUUACGGUAAAGAUGGAAAUAAUAUGGCGCCUGGCCAAUGGCGCAGUUGGUUCCGUGCUCGAGUAGGGAAUAACGUCAAUUUUGGCUAUGUGGGCGACGACCAUAUUCCUUUCCUCCACAAAGGUGUCAGUAUUCUUCACAUUAUAUCUGAACCAUUUCCAAGGGUUUGGCAUACUCUAGGGGACGAUGCGUCAGCUCUAGACCCUGCUACGAUGAGAAGAUGGAAUUUGAUCCUCCGAGUAUUCAUGGCGGAAUACCUUCAUCUACAACCUCAAGACUUUGCCUCGCGGUCCGAGUCUUCUCGCACCGUCCAGAGGUCCGAAUCUGAACUGGCAGAGCUCGCGUUGCAUGGGUGUUGUAAGCCAGGCUGGACUGCCUAUGAGAAUGCUAGUAUCCGUGCUUAA